UAUACUUCCACAAAGAAUUUGUCCAUGGAAGGGAGAAAUGCAGUCCCCAAGGGAUGUUGUUGUUGGUUGCUGCUGUUGGAGAUCUUUUGCAUGGGAGAUGAUACUGUUGUGCUGUCUAUUACCUGUUUGCAGAGCUGAGUCAAAUGUUUGUCUGCUGGGAAGGGUGGGUGCAUUUUGUUGCUUCCAUUUAUUAACUCCCCUUUUUUAUUGUGAGUAAUGUCAGAGGUUUUUAUUUUUUUAUUUCUUUCCAGCUGUGAUAGAGAAAAUGUCAGCAGAAUAAGUGAACUACUCUCCAAAACUUGCCAUGAACCAUUUGGUCGGAUCACCUGAGGGGGAGAUCAGUGAAGAGCCAGCAACUGGAGCAGUGAGUGAGUCAGUGGAGGCUGACCUGGAGCACUCAGAGGUGGAAGAGGAGCAGAGGUAUGCUCACUACCCAAGGCACACUGGCAACAGCCACGUGGGCCUGUCCGGGCCGGAGGAGGAAGGCAUGUUAGCUAGGUCAGCCAGCACUGAGAGUGGAUUCCACAAUCACACGGAUACUGCAGAAGGGGAUGUGAUAGCCACAGUGGAGGACAGUUACGACAUUGAGAGAGUGCAGGAAAAUGAGGAUGAGAGUGCAUAUGCAGUGCAGUACAGGCCCGAGUCUGAGGAGUACACGGAGAAUGCUGAGGCUGAGCAUGGUGAGGCCGUCCAUAACCGAACAUUGCCCAAUCACUUGCAUUUCCAUUCCAUCGAGCACGAGGAAGCCAUGAACGCAGCCUACUCGGGUUAUGUCUACACACAUCGCCUCUUCCACCGAGGAGAGGACGAACAGUAUGCCGAGGCUUACGCUGACUAUGGGCUGCAGGAGCAUGUGUAUGAGGAAAUAGGAGACACGCCAGAUCUCGAUGUUAGGGAGGGCAUCCAGCAAUAUGAGCGGGAGAGGGAGGAAGCUGACAAUUACCGCAAGGAGGCACUUGGUGCCCGCCUUCACCAUUAUGAUGAACGCUCUGACGGAGAGUCUGACAGCCCUGAAAAGGAAGCAGAGUUUGCACCCUACCCAAGAAUGGAUAGUUAUGAGCAAGAGGAGGACAUUGAUCAGAUUGUAGCAGAGGUGAAGCAGAGCAUGAGCUCCCAGAGCUUAGACAAGGCAGCUGAAGACAUGCCAGAGUCAGAGCAGAGUUUGGAGCAUGGUCAGGCUCUUGUCAGUGGUGGGCAUGAAAAUAAUGGCCAGCUCACAUCUGGUUCUCAAGUUACAACUGGCUCAGGAGAAUCUGUGCAGAGGUACAGCAAGGAAAAAAGAGAUGCAAUUUCACUGGCCAUCAAGGAUAUUAAAGAGGCUAUUGAGGAGGUGAAGACGAGGACCAUCCGUUCUCCUUACACCCCUGAUGAGCCCAAGGAGCCUAUCUGGGUGAUGCGGCAGGACAUCAGUCCAUCCAGGGAUUCUGACGACCAGAGGCCACUAGAUGGAGAUUCUCCAUCUCCAGAUUCCUCUUCACCUCGAGGUGCUGAAUCAUCAAGCAGACAACAUCACCAAGAUGUCUGCAGUACAGCAGAGGCUUCCACUAAUAAAGAGUCCAGAAAAAGCUUGGCUUCAUUUCCAACGUAUGUUGAAGUUCCUGGGCCUUGUGAUCCUGAAGACUUAAUUGAUGGAAUAAUUUUUGCUGCCAAUUACCUUGGUUCAACUCAACUCCUUUCUGAUAAAACUCCAUCCAAGAAUGUGAGAAUGAUGCAGGCUCAGGAAGCUGUCAGCAGGAUCAAGAUGGCCCAGAAAUUAGCCAAAAGCAGGAAGAAGGCUCCAGAAGGUGAAUCUCAACCCAUGACUGAAGUGGACCUCUUCAUUUCUACACAGAGAAUAAAAGUACUGAAUGCAGACACACAGGAAACCAUGAUGGAUCAUCCCCUGCGGACCAUUUCUUACAUUGCUGACAUAGGAAAUAUAGUUGUUUUGAUGGCUCGUAGGCGAAUGCCACGCUCUAACUCCCAGGAUAAUGUGGAAGCAUCUCACCCUUCUCAAGAUGGAAAGAGGCAGUACAAAAUGAUUUGUCAUGUCUUUGAGUCUGAGGACGCGCAGCUGAUUGCACAGUCCAUAGGUCAAGCAUUUAGUGUGGCCUACCAAGAAUUUCUGAGGGCAAAUGGAAUCAACCCAGAAGACCUUAGCCAGAAGGAAUAUAGCGACUUGCUUAAUACCCAGGACAUGUACAAUGAUGAUCUGAUUCACUUCUCCAAAUCUGAAAAUUGCAAAGAUGUUUACAUUGAAAAGCAAAAGGGAGAGAUCCUAGGUGUAGUGAUUGUGGAGUCUGGCUGGGGAUCCAUUUUGCCUACAGUUAUCAUAGCCAACAUGAUGCAUGGAGGACCGGCAGAGAAGUCUGGGAAGCUGAACAUUGGGGACCAGAUCAUGUCAAUCAAUGGGACCAGCUUGGUUGGUUUGCCACUCUCAACGUGUCAGAGCAUUAUAAAGGGUUUGAAAAACCAGGCCCGGGUUAAACUGAACAUAGUUAGAUGUCCUCCAGUAACCACAGUAUUGAUCAGAAGACCAGACCUCAGAUAUCAGUUGGGUUUCAGUGUGCAGAAUGGGAUUAUCUGUAGCCUUAUGAGAGGAGGCAUAGCAGAGCGAGGAGGUGUGCGUGUUGGCCAUCGGAUCAUUGAAAUCAAUGGGCAGAGUGUUGUAGCAACACCCCAUGAGAAAAUUGUUCACAUCCUCUCAAAUGCUGUUGGUGAGAUCCAUAUGAAGACUAUGCCAGCUGCCAUGUACAGACUGUUGACUGCACAAGAGCAACCAGUUUACAUCUGA